AUGGCCCCGCUUGCCCGUGCCUGCUGCUGCUUCGCAGUCGACCGCCGCCAUGCCCGGCCCGCUUCCCCGCUGUCGCUCCCCUUCUACUGUCGACGCCACCAGCGCGCGUGCCUCGUCGCACUCACUGAAGACUACCCAUGCCCGCGCGCCUCCUCCCCCGCGCUCACUCCCUGUGCCCACAGCCGCCCGACGCGACCUACGCCUCCUCUGGCCGUGUCCACACCCGCCUCCACAUGUGCGCCCGCGAGCCCCAGGCCGCGCUCGCCUGGGCAUGAUGCGCUUCCACACACGCCCGAGUCGUGCCCCUGCUCCUCGCUGCUGCCUGCAGCCUCCGCCACUCACGCGCCCCGGCGCUACCCGCUACUGUCGAUGUUGUUGUCCUCCCGCUACCCGUUGCGGCUUACUGCUCCUACCACUGCUCGCCUUGCGCCCGACCGCGCUAGCCGCUGGCCACCGUGCCGCCCCGCGCCUCCCCGUAGCUGCAUCUGCUACUGCUGCUGCCGCUCCUGGCCUUGUCUCCAGCCACCGCCCCCCGCGCUCGCCGUCGUUGCCCGGUGUAGCCUCCCUGCGUCGUCCCCCAAGCUCACCGACCUCGCCGCGGCGCCCGGCAGGCUCCCCCGUCGCCGGUGGCCUCGCCCCGCGCCUGGGCAUAGCGCUCCUCGGGCACGGGCGCCCACACCCAAUAACCCGCCCUGGCUGGCCCCUGUGCCACUGACCAAAGGGCCCCGCCCCUGCUUAGAUAAAAAAAGAAAUGUAAAAAAAUAUAUUAAUAAAAACAAUUAA